AUGACCUCUGAAGAAAUUUUUCAAAAAACACUCAAUGUGAAUUUAUUGGGCACAUUUCGCUUAACAAAAGCCUUUUUGCCCUUUAUUCGUAGGGCCAAAGGUCGAAUUAUCAACAUGAGCAGUUUUGCAGCUCGGGUUCCUAUGAAUGGUAUCAGUGCUUAUUCGGUCUCUAAAAGUGCUAUUUUAGCUUUCUCGGAUAUUUUACGUCUUGAAAUGAAAAAAUGGGAUGUCCAUGUUUCAAUAAUUGAGCCAGUUGGUUUCAGAACAAAUGCUUUUAAUGAACAAGUGUUAGAAGCUCGGCUGCAAGAAAUCUGGGACUCCUUGGAUGAGGAAUGCCAAAUUGUCUAUGGCAGACAGUAUCUUGAAGACCUCUAUAGUUCAUACAAAGAACUCAUUCCACGGGUUCCAUCAGAUCUUUCUCCAGUGGUGUCUGCUGUCUGUAACAGCCUGUUAUCAAAAAACCCCCGGGAACGCUAUCCAUGUGGCCAGGGAGCUGAUAUUCUUGCCACUUUAUUUGCAAUAUUACCCAUAAGAUUAGCUGACAAGGUCUCAAAGUUCAUGUCUGUUAUUCCAAAGAAUUCUCGACCUUUAGCACUUGAACCUUCAUCUCAUCUUGUGCCCUGA